AUGGCUGACAACGUUGUCCUCAUCAGCAUCUCGGACUCCGAAAGCAGCCACUCGCCACCAUCCCCGCUCCAGCGUCGCUGCCGCCGCCGCCAGACGCCGCCACGGCGCCCGCUGCCUCCCCCCGCGGUGAGUCGGCGGCCUCCGGGGCGAGACGGAGAAACCACCCACCGGGAGCGGCACCGCCUGCCCCUUACAAAGAUGGCGGCGCUUCCGUCGCAGGCAGGAACGGGAGCCGCUCGGGGACAGAAAGCAUGGAGGGCUAUAGCGUGCGUCCCCGGGGCGACGGAUCCCACUCUGCUGGUCCCUUUGUCCCCACAGGAGAUCAUUGAUCUGACCUACGAGGACACAAGCACAGUGCCAGGGAGCAGAUUCACCAUCAUCGACUUGACAGAGGAUACAUGCAGCCCUCCCCAACAGGACCCCAGGCAGGCACCUGUUACCCCAACAGCACACAUGUCCCAUCCCCAGUUCUGCUCCACCCCAGUGCAGGAAAUGGAGGCAGUGGCACGGUCAUACCCUGCAGAACCCAGUGCCACCAUCGACAGGGCAGAGAGCUGCUCCUCUUCCACCUCCAGCUACCGUGGCUCCUCCUGCAGCCCAGAAGAGAACUGCAGCACUACCACUCUUAACAGUGACUUGGGCUCUCUGGCCAGCAUGCCGCUGGGCUCAGACCUGCUGUCCCCAUCCCCCUCCAGUCUGGACAGCAGUAGCAGUGACAGAGCCAGUGGGUCAGAUAAAGACAGUCCCCACCCAUGCCAACAAAGUGAGCUCCCUCUGAAGCUAAGCCCUGCCCCAGCCAUCCCCACAACAGCCCAAGGGCCUUUUCAGGAAGCAGGUGACUUACCCCCACACGAAGUAAUCCAGCAAGUGACCCCAACCAGGACCAAGGCUGACAGCAAGGCCUGGCUCAACAAACUGCAGUAUUUCAGGAGUAGCGGCGUCCAGCACCUCUUCCUGCAAGGUGUGGCACCCAACAGAGAAACGCAUCAGCAGAAGACUGAACUCAUUCCCAGUGGGAAGCUGAACAUGGUGCGUACCACUAUGGAGGAGAACUUCCUGGAAGGCACCUUGCAUUUCCUGAAUGACUUCGUCUCCUGCCAACACUAUCCCCCCAAAGAAAUCAUCUCCCACCUGAUCAGACGGAUCCUGUUGAACCCCCACCAAAAGGAGAUGCUGAAGGACACCUACAUGCUGCUAAUGAAGAUCCAAAUGGUCCAUCCAGCCAACGCUGCCACAGUGGGAUGGGACUGGAUGCUGCUGAAGUACACCAUGGAGGACCAGGAGAAGCCCCCUGGCUGGGUCCUCUUCCUGCAGUACGUGGUGCAGACCCUGGAGGAUGACUUCCAGCACAACCUGAGGCUGCGCAUGCUACAGAAGUCAAUUGCUAAGAAGGUGCUUUCGUGUGACACAUGCUUCAACAACGUCAAGGAGGUGGUUGAAUGGUUAGUUGCAGCAGUUACAGGAGUUGGUUUCUCCGAGCCCCAGGAGCAGCCUCAAGAAACUACAUCCUCUUCACCAGAAGACAGGGCCAAACACAGCUCAUCUGCACCACAGCUGACCAGCACUGCCCAUGCAGAGGUGGCUCCACCAACUUUCUUCACCCAGAAGGUGAUGCUCCUGCUCCAGCGGAUGUUGUCCAUCGCAGUAGAAGUGGACAAAUCUCCCAACUGCAGCUCCUGUAAGAUUGCAGAUGUGAUAUUCCCGUUUAUAUUGAAUAUUCCUCUGAGGAGCCAAAGGGAAGCUUUCUUAAAUACUAUGGAGAGCCAGCUCCUGCGCUGCAAACUGCUAGAGCAGCUGUUCCAGCAUAGUUGUGAUGUGCCCACAACCUUGCCCUUGUCUCUGGCCAAGAUCCUGCACUUCCUGAGCUACUCCUCUGUGCUGCUGCCAUACCAGGAUGAAACAGCAACAUGGCAAAGAUGGGAUGAGAUGCUAGAAUACUUGAAUUUGCUGCUGAUGAGUUACCAAAAUGUAAUAGUGGGCCACUUACGGAGCUCACUCAAUGACCGGAUGGAUUUGAUCAUUCAGAAGGUCAAGCCCAGGGUGCAAGCUGAUGACGACAUCAGCCAACUGGACCUUCAGCUGAAGAUCCAGAACCUCAUCAGCCGAAUGCAGCAGGUCCUGGAGCAGCCCUUUCCCCUGCAGAUUACAGAGAAACUGCGCUUCUUUCAGGAGUUGUUCCUUGUUGCUGCUACCUGACAAACAACUACUGCAGCGGGGGAGCACAGGGAGCUUCAUGUUUCCUCUGUAAAACCCUAUCAAAACCUCAUCUCAUGCUGCAGUCUCGAGUGUCACACUAUGUGGACUCACUUACACAUUUCUUUGUA